AUGUCGAAGGAAAUGAAAGAAGAAGGAAGAGCACCUGGGAAAGACUACACAGACCCUCCACCGGCACCUCUCAUUGACAUGAUGGAGCUCAUGAAGUGGUCUUUCUACAGAGCUGUAAUCGCUGAGUUCAUAGCUACCCUUCUCUUCCUCUACAUUACAGUAGCUACCGUCAUCGGUUACAAGAAAUCUGGGCCCUGUAACGGCGUUGGUCUUUUGGGUAUCGCUUGGUCUUUCGGUGGCAUGAUCUUCAUCCUUGUUUACUGCACAGCUGGAAUCUCUGGUGGUCACAUAAACCCGGCUGUGACGUUCGGUCUCUUCUUAGCAAGAAAGGUUUCUCUGAUCAGAGCUGUGUCUUACAUGGUGGCUCAGUCCUUAGGUGCUAUUUGCGGAGUUGGGCUGGUGAAGGCGUUCCAGAAACACUACUACAACUCUUUGGGAGGUGGUGCCAACUCAGUUGCUUCUGGGUAUUCAAAGGGCACAGCUCUAGGAGCUGAGAUAAUCGGAACUUUCGUGCUCGUCUACACUGUCUUCUCCGCUACUGAUCCUAAGAGAAGCGCACGUGACUCUCAUGUCCCUGUGUUGGCCCCCUUGCCUAUAGGGUUUGCAGUGUUCAUGGUUCACUUAGCUACAAUCCCAAUUACCGGAACAGGCAUCAACCCAGCCAGGAGCUUUGGCGCUGCAGUGAUUUACAACAAAGAUAAUGUCUGGGAUGAUCAUUGGAUCUUCUGGGUUGGACCAUUUCUGGGAGCACUUGCUGCAGCAGUAUACCACCAGUACAUUCUUAGAGCGGCAGCCAUUAAAGCUUUGGGAUCAUUCCGCAGCAACCGCAGCAACUAAAAA